ACUCCGAGACUAGCAUGGAAUUAUGAGUGACCAUGAGUAACGCGCGGUGGGUUCGGGUUCAGCUCACAGAUUGGGAUGCUUGUAAUGUUUUGGCAAUCUCUUGGAAGCAUUGGGUGUGACAGAGUGUGCGAGUCUGGAUCGCGGAAUGGAAUCCCUUGCGCUCGGUGUUUAGGUUAUGGUGUUGGAGUGAGGGGAGUAAGACGAGCAUUGUCGCGGGAGUUUUUCCUUAGCAGUGCCGGAGAGCAUUGCGGGCGGAGGAUCUUCCGAGAAUACUGGAUCAUAGCCCGAAGAGGAAGAGGGUUCCAAGUUCUGGCUCGAGCUGUGGGAGGUUUGCCUAAAGUGAGGGUUCAGGAAGGCUACAAUCGCAAGUAGAAGCUGUGUCGAUGUGAACGGAUAUCGUUACGUUUGUGUAUUGUGGAGAUGAAGAUGUUGAAGUGUAGUGACCCGACUUAGUUGGUGUUUUUGAUGUUAGAUCGUGAUACAUUUCCAGGAAAGAAAAUUCAGAAGUGGGGUAAAGAUGUUUUCUCCGACAUUGGAAGGGUCAGAGUGGAUGUGUUCAAGUUUCCUUCUAGUGAGGUAAUUUGUGUUUGAGUAGUGGCUAGUGCAUUGGCUGCUUGACUCACUUGCAACUUGAUUUCGACUGCCCAUCUGAGUUAUUCUAAAGCUAGUUCGACGAUAACGAUGAGUUUGGGAGGAGAUAAACGACCUAUUGGUAAGGAUGCUUCGAAAGAUGGCAUGCCGGAAAAGAAACGUCCUCGAUCCCAACUCGCGAGGGUCAUAGUGGAGGCUGUGAAAAUGGAUAUGCUGCAGAAACUAUGCUCAAGUUUGGAGCCUAUGCUUCGACGUGUGCAAUGCAGGUUGCAGAGGAGGUUGAGCGUGCGCUUGCUAAGCUCGCUCCUCCAAAACUGGGGAUCCGGUCGUCACCAAAGAGGGUGCAAGGCCCAGACCAACAGGGUUUGCGCUUGGAAUUCAGGAAUAAGCUAGCUUUUCCUCUCUUCACCGGAAGCAAAGUCGAGGGAGAGCAAGGUUCAGCAAUUCACCUUGUUCUACAGCAUGCCGUCACGGGUCAAGUUGUUACCACUGGUCCAGAAGCCUCCGCUAAGCUGGACAUUGUAGUUUUAGAAGGUGAUUUCACAGCAGAGGAAGAGGGCAAUUGGACCCAGGAAGAGUUUGAAAAUUUUGAGGUUAGGGAGAGGGAUGGAAAAAGGCCUCUCCUCACUGGAGACCUUACUGUCACAUUGAAGGAUGGGGUGGGGACUUUGGGAGAGUUGACAUUUACAGAUAAUUCCAGUUGGAUUCGCAGUCGCAAGUUUCGAUUAGGCGUGAAAACUUCAUCUGGAUUUUGUGAGGGCUUGCGAAUUCGAGAAGCCAAGACCGAGGCCUUUACUGUGAAGGAUCAUCGUGGAGAGCUUUACAAGAAGCACUACCCGCCUUCCUUGAAUGAUGAGGUCUGGCGAUUGGACAAAAUUGGCAAGGACGGUGCUUUUCACAAGCGUCUCAAUCAGUCUCGCAUUAUGACAGUCGAGGAUUUUUUGCGACUGGUUGUGAUGGAUCCUCAAAGGCUGCGUAACAUUUUGGGAACUGGAAUGUCGAACAAGAUUUGGGAGGGUACAGUGGAGCACGCGAAGACUUGUGUUUUGAGUGGAAAGUUGCAAGUAUACUAUGCUGACGAGAAGCAGAACAUUGGCGUUAUUUUCAACGACAUUUUCCAGCUGAUGGGGCUUACCGCUGAUGGUUCAUACAUGUCAGUGGAUUCCCUCUCUGACAGCGAGAAGGUUUAUGUAGACAAGCUCGUAAAAGUGGCUUACGAGAACUGGAUGAACGUAAUAGAGUAUGAUGGGGAGGCGUUGAUCGGUGUGAAGACGUUACAUCAAGCAAAAGAGUUUGAUACUCACACUGCGGACCGGUUUGGUGGAGGCAAAGUAUCCAGUAUGUCCAAUACUCCCAAUACCCAUUCGCAAGGUGGUGGUGAAGGUGAAUCAAGAUCAGGGUCCCUGUCGUAUGGACCGGAACCGAUAAAAAUUACUCCACUGUCAUUUCCUGGUUCUAUUAGUCAGCUACCAGACAAUCAAAGUAUCACAGAACCCAUUCUGCAGAUGAACAGCAACAUUGAGACUCAUAAUCAACCUGUUUUGUCCAAGCCUCCUGAGAGUCUACUGCUUACAGAUCACAAUGGGUUGACUGGCUUAGCUCUAGGUCAUUCACAAAGCAGCACAGCGGUAUCAAGUUCUGGUGUUACUCCCUUCGUUCCUGCUGUGAUGAAUGGUUCCACGUCAGGCACUAGUGAUUGGCGGCAGCAGCUGCAGCAGCAGCAGGAGGAGCAGCAGCAAUCCCGACGAAAUUUUCAACGACAGGAGAGUUUUGGCAGGAUGUUAAUGUCUGAUGUUACUGAGGACGAAAUUCGGGCCCGAAGUAUGGAGCUUUUAGAGAACGAGGACAUGCACACACAAAUUCAGCAGCUGCUUCGCAUGUACAACGGACAGUUAGGCGAUAUUUCGUUUAGCGCAGAUUGUCCUACCCCUGGAGAUGAUACGUUUCCAUUUUUAGAUCCACCGGGUACAGGUGAAGAGACUGUGGACGAGCACAAGCCUCGACCAAACGGUAGGGCGUAUGUAAGUUGGUUGAAGUUGAAAGCAGCACUUCAUUGGGGCAUCUUCAUUCGUAAACGUGCAGCUGCAAAGAGGGCUCAACUUGAAGAAGCUGAUGAUCCUGAUUCAUAACCACGGCCUUCUAAAGUAUUUGGUAGGACUGAUUCUUUCGAAGCGUAAGGUUCCGUCUCGUGAUUAGUAGCUCUGGUAAUGAUUCUUCCCUCCCAGGUUCAGGUCUUAUCAAGUCACUUCGAAGGUGAUGUGUUGUUAGUGGUGAACAGAAACUUAUGGCUCUGAAGUCAUUUGUUGAACAUGGUGAUGGAGAAGGGCCGCGCUCUUGAUUAUCUAGUUUCUUUAAGAUUUUAUUGGUUCUGUGGGAAGUGGAAUCCGCCUUUCGAUACAGCAGCUCUGCAGCUUGUGUGGUUCUCUUGGGUAAUAGCUAUGUAUUCUGCUAUCAAGCCGCUGAUGUAUGUUUUAGAUAGAAUAGUAUGACUUGGGAUCUCUAUAUUUGUGCUAAAUACAUUCACUCUUUUCCUCCCUCGUGUACUGGGUUGGAAUCUGUCUCAAGCGAAGAACGGAAGGCGAUUGUGGACGUUGGAGUGAUCUAUAUAUAUAUAUAUAUAUAUAUAGAUAUAGAUAGAUUAAGAUUAUUAUGUGGCUAUUAACUGAGCUGACGGUUGUGGAAGGCCAUUGAUUUUUCGUGAAGUUCAUGCUCUUAGUUUUAGUCCCAAGACGUAGUAAUAUUUAUGUUGUGAUUCAUUCUGGAAAGCACAGGAACAUGAUUCCCUAUCUUCUUUACUAAUUUCCAGUUUAUCUUCGCACUGCAA